AUGGGAAGACUGGUGUGGGUGCCCAUGCUCCGCUAUCACAAAGACUCUUGGCGCCCGUGCUGCUACCCCGUCGAGUCAAUAUUUUCCCUUUUUAGUACUGGGGCUGCAGAACUGCAUCUCUGUGGCACUGAGACGGAUGUUUUGGCCCAGUAUUAGUUUGAGUUUCUGUGCUGAAUGGAGUGUAAAAGUGUGCCACUACUGAGGGAAAAUGAGUGAAAUUUUGAAACCGAUGAAGGAUGAGAAAGUGUGAUGUAAAAUGAUGGCAGGUAGCUGGCGGCUCAUGCCAGGUGAAAUGGAGCUGUGAAAACAUUUAAGCUGUGCAGGUGGAGGAGUUCUGGCUUCAUGGUCCAUUAGACUGAUAAGAGUUAGGGCUCCUCAUGUGGCAGAAAUUUAGGCAUCGUAAUUCACUGUAUCGGCAAGGUUAAAAAAUAAGUGAGGCAGCCAACGCCAUCUGAAAUUCAACUACUGUGUUCUACAAUGUUGGGAUUGCAUCAGUGCCCAAGUUCUGGCUAUUGAAAAGAGAGCUGAUCACCACUGCUUGUGAGCUGGGGGUGGCCCAUCCUCCAGGCUACCCUAUCUUCACUCUGCUUGCUCGCCUGGCUAUGUCUCUUCUGCCCUCCCACUCUCCAGCCCACAGUGUCAACCUGAUGAGCAGCUUGCUGGGGGCUGCAGCUAGCGGGGCCCUUUGCUUCACCGUCUGCAGGUUGGCAGGGCCGGGCCCAGGAGCGGUGCUGGCUGGAGGGGUAUUUGCGGUGUCCAGGCUGAGCUGGCAGUGGUCCAUGGUGGCCGAGGUCUUCACCCUCAACAACCUUUUCACUGGCCUCCUCUUCUCCUUGACGGCCAGUUUUCACUGUGCUGAAAACGCCCCCCAGAGGAGGAAGAUUGCACACUGGGGGGCGCUGUGCUGUGGCUUGGGGCUCUGUAACCAGCACACCCUGGUGCUGUACGUGCUGGUCAUCAUUCCCUGGGUCCUGCACCGAUUUUACCAUCACAAAGAGCUGUCUUUUUUUGGCCUUGUGUCUCUGGGAGUGUGUUUCCUGGCUGGAUUUCUGCCCUACAUCUACCUGCCCAUCUCCUCCUACCUCAACAGGGCCCGCUGGAGCUGGGGGGACCAGACCUCCCUGUCCGGCCUGCUGACCCACCUGCUGAGGGUUGAAUACGGCACGUUCAGUCUGGCAAAGACUGAGGCCUCUGUGAACCUGACCACAAUGCUGCAGGCCCAGUUGGACCAUUGCCUAGCAGACCUUUCCCUCCCUGUUCUGGUGCUGGCUGGAAUGGGCCUGCUCCUCUCUUUGCGGGACAGGACAUGUUCUGUGUCCUGGCUCUUGGCUUCAAUGCUGCUGGUCUACUCCCUGUUUUUUGCUUGGAGAGCCAACCUGGACAUCAGCAGACCCCUGCUGCUUGGAGUGGUUGAGCGUUUCUGGCUGCAGAGUGAUGCUGCAGUGUGUGUGCUGGCAGGCCUGGGCCUGAGCUGGACACACACUGGGCUGGAGAGGAGGCUGGGCAGAGGGGGGAUGUGGAAGACCACCGGCUGGGUGCUCACCAUGGCUCUUCUGGCACAUAUGGUCCACUCCAAUCGUAGGGAGUGUGAUCAGAGCGCUAACGCUGUGGUGGAGAGGUUCGGCAGGGAGGUUCUGGCCUCCGUCCCAACAGACUCCAUCAUCCUGACCAGAGGAGACUUGCCAGGAAACUCCUUGCGCUACCUUCACUACUGUCAGGGCGUACGGCCUGAUGUACGCCUGGUUGAUCAGGAGUUGAUGACAUACACUUGGUAUGUGGCCAAGCUGGGGCAGCAUCACCCCGGGGUCCACUUUCCCGGCCGCUGGUGGGACCCGGUGGAGCCUGAGCAGAAGGACACCUUCAGUCUGGAGCAGUUCCUGUCCCACAACACACGAAGAGCUGUAUUUGCCUGCAUUGGGCUGCCUGAUGGGGACCCGAGCUGGGAGCGCAGCUUCUCUCGCUGGCCCAUGGGUGUGUGUGACUACCUGGUGUCUGUCCACAGACAAUUUCACCCUGAAGAGUGGGCCCAACACACCCGCAACCUCUACAACUGGAGCGAACCACACAACAGUUUCCAUCCUGGGUCCUGGGAACGUGUUGCUAAUGAGGAGAUGUGGCAAGCCAGGAUGAAGACGGCUUUCUUUCUGUUUGACCUGGCAGAAAGGAUGCAGGGAGAGGGGAAAGCUCGCCUCUUUGAGCUGUCUUACACUCUGUACAAGGAGAUUGUGGAGGCCCACUCAGACUACCCUUCCAACUGGGACAAGAAUUUGGCACUGGCCUGUGAGAGGCUCCUCCGUUCUGGUCAUCGGGGCCACAGUCCAGACAGCCUGCUGACCUGUAGUGCCCAGCACUUCAGACUCUACUUAGAGAAGGAGCACACGGACCCCCAGGCUCCUGCCAUCCGCUCUGCCAUUACUCACCUGCUGCAGGAGAGAGACCGGCUCCACCAGAGCCAGAGGCGAACCCCAUGAUGAGGUCCAGAGGGAUCUAGCUGGCACACUGAGCCAAGCCUACCCAAGGGACAAAGUCUGAGGCAGUGUGCCUCCUCUCCUGGUUCAGAUUUGCUGCUCCAGAGGGAUUUAAGAUGGUAUAGUGGUGUUUAGUUAAGAGUUUGCAUGAAUGGACUUGGGGAUGGAUCUAUGGAGGAGAGAAAGAUCUCAGUGAUGAUGGGAGAAUUUUUCAGGCUAUUUCGCUGGACACAGACAGAGCACAUGCAUGGCACAUUGUUAUGGGACCAACCUGGGACUGAGUAUGGGUUGAGGGAAAUGCUGAUGCAGAAGCACUACGGUCACAAUGUACGUUAAAGUUGUUUAAGAGAAGUCCACAUGCAGGACUGAGCCAUGCCUCGCUGGGUAACCUCUGGUGGUCGGUCCUCUAGGGACAGGGCUUGACUUUUGGAAGCCUUGACUGACCCCAAUCAAGUUGUGCUUGUUCCUUUCAAACUCACUGAUUCGAUUGCUUUAUCUUUACAUCUUGUUCUUUUUUUCCCCUUUUCCUCUCUGACAGCUUUUAACGUGAUGAUUACAUUGCCUCCGUCUCUGCUCUAGUUCUCUUUUUCUCACAUUAGGACGGCAAGGCCGAGAUUGAGGGAAACCCAAUUUGGGGGCAGAAAUGGGGGAUUAGAGUGGCUGUUUAAUCUGGGACAGACUUGCGCUGUGCCACACACUACUCACUCCCCAUCGCCAGCGCUGCACACCCACCCCACUAUCCAUCCAUCAGUCUAUCUUUGAUGGUCCUUUAAACGUUAAAAACUAAUGGAUUCGAUGAGUGUUUUUCCCCCUCUUCCUUCCUGACUGCAGGGCUGUAAUCCCUCAUGGAUUUAAAUGAAAUAUGAAAUGUCACAAUGCCAGGGACCCUUUUAGAGGUGUGUUUGUGUGUGUGCGCACACAUGUAAAUAUGUUUAUUUGUGUUUGCAUGUCUGUGUGUGUGGGUAUUGCUCCAUCCCAGCCCGUUUCCAUCAGGAAUCUAACCAUACAUGGACAUAGUCAGUGAACAAGUCAAGACACUAUAAAGCCACAAGGUUUGAUCCUUAGAGAUGCACAAAGUCACACUAACCCCUAGAGAGACACACUAAUGCAAUACCUUCACAGCUCCCAGACAGAUUGACCAGUAGCUUCAUCAGGGUUUGCUUUAGAGUCAUGGUGUCAUGCAGACGUGGAGAAUUACUUGACAAAACACUCAAAUCUUUGUGCAUCUCCAGCUGUUAGGAUGUACGGUGCUUUCUGUAAACUGAUUUUGUGAAUGUUGAUUUUUAAUGAGCCUUGAGCAAUAGGAGUGAGUGGUUAUGCAUAGGUUGUGCCAGUGUGUUGCCAUAAGCUCCAUAAAGCACUGAUGGAGCCCGCUGUUAGAGAAACCACUAGAACGCUGAGGACAGUAAGUGCAUGUGUGUUUUCCUCAGACGGUAAUCUGCCCUCUGUGUUUGCAGGCCUGGUUAGUGGCUGUCAGCUGGCUCGAUGAUGAGAUUCGACCUAGCACAGAUGGUUUGCGUUCUCAUAAAAAAAGGGCCAAGUUGUCACUCUGCUCACUACAGAUUAAAAUAUUCUAAUAAAGAAUCUGCUCUUUUUUAAA